UAUGAGUCCAGUUGGAGAAAAGCGCACCAGAGCCGAACAUCUAAUGGGUCAAUCUCAGCUGAGUUUACUGACGGGAUCCUAUGCACGAUCACAGCCUGUGGACUGAGUGAUUCACUGCGACUGGCAGCGAAGAGUUACCUGGAGAAUUUCUUUUUUUUUUUCUUGAAGUGAACUGAAAAGAAGCGCAACGAUGACAGCAGAGUUUGUGUCACCUCGAAGUGAUUGAGACCCGCAUCUCUUUGCGCCGCAUCCGAUCCGACUGACCCUUCUGUGAGGAUGCAGAGGAGAUACAGGAUGAAGUCCGCUUUCAUUGCAGUGUUAUUUGUUGUGGUUGGGGCUCUGGCCAAUAAGGAGGUCUGUCCGUCAGGCCAGUAUACAACCAGCGGAGAAUGUUGUGAGCAGUGCCAGCCCGGUGAGGGCGUCAUCAAACCAUGUGGAGUCAAACAGACUGUCUGCGCCCCCUGCCUUGACAGUGAAACCUUCUCAGAAAACUUCAGUCACACAGAGGAAUGUCAGCCGUGUACAAUAUGCACAGGUCUACUCCGCAUGAAGGCGCCCUGCACAGACUCCAACGACGCCACCUGCGCUUGUGACUACAACUACUAUUUUAAUGAAAUCUCUGAGCAGUGUGUACCCUGCACCAAAUGUCCUGAAGGCCACGGCACACUGUUUAACUGUGAGUCUGACCGUGACACUGUGUGUGAGGAGUGCACUGGGGACACAUACUCCGACCAGGAAAGUUCUCGGGAACCCUGCAUGCCCUGCUCCACCUGUGAUGACGGGGAAACGUUACAGCCAUGUACCUCUUUCUCUGAUACAGUUUGUCAAGUCCCAGCUCCCACAGGUUACGAAGAACCAGUAUCUACCACGCCUUUUACGGAUAACUCCCCGCCCACCUAUUAUGACUUCCUGCCAGGAGGCCUCCCACCAGAGGGCCUUCCAGACACCACAACCACCACCACUAAUGGUGAUACUAAGGAGCCGAUCCACCAUCUGAACGACAAACUGAUCCCCAUCUACUGCUCCAUCCUCGCAGCUGUUGUUGUUGGCCUUGUGGCCUUCAUUAUCUUCAAGAGAUGGAACAGCUGUAAGCAGAACAAGCAAGGCGCCAACAACUGCACAGCCAACCAGAACCAGACAACGUCACCUGAGGGGGAGAAGCUGCACAGUGACAGCGGCAUUUCUGUGGACAGCCAAAGUCUGCAGGAGCAGCAGGGCCAGACUCAGGCACAGACAGUGGUCACAAUGGAUGAAGAGCCUUGUUUGCUCCUUCCUCUCCACACCAGAGAGAAAGUGGAGAAGCUGCUGUACAUGGGCAGUGAAGGAGACGACUGUAACCACAUGGAGGACAGUGACUGGUGCAACCUAGCGGGCCUCCUGGGAUACGAGGAGGAGCGGAUUGCCACAUUCCGGCAGGAAGAGCAUCCUGUUCGUGCACUCCUGUCUGACUGGGCCAGAAAGGACUGCGCCAGCAUCGACACGCUGUGCACGGCGCUGCGCAAGAUCAACCGUGACGACAUCGCCCAGAGUCUGGUGCUGAGCCCGAGUGCCCCAAAGCCCACCGCCACUUCUGUAGUGUGAUUAAAGCAUAACAGUGAGCAAACCACCUGAACCUUAAUAUUCUUCCAUGGCCUCCCUCACUCCACAUAAUUCAUGCUAGAACCGCUUUAAGUUAUUCCCUCUUGAAGCCAGUAGUCAAAUAUCACAAGUCAGCGUAAUCCAGUCAAAACACUUCACUUAACCAUCAGGAUGUGCUUAUAAUCACUCGUCACAUUUUAAGAAUCCACACAAUGUAAAGCCUAUGUGGAAGGAAAUCAUCUAUAAUCAUUCCAUUUUUGAGCCUGGACAUCCACCUGCCUUCCCACACCACUACGGAGCAGCAAUGGACCACAGACUGAAUUUAUUGUGGAUACCCAGCUCUUUCAUUCCUACAUCUCUAUCUUCUGCAUCUUUAUUCAUUAACAUUCAUAGUCAGUUUGUUCCUUAUCGCAUUCAUAAGCCAGUGUUGUAUCUUUAAAUGUUACUUUACAGAUCCAUGCUACCAAAGAGGAGUAAAUGUUUGGAGACUAUACCCGACAAGCAACAUUAUUUACAUGCCAUGUUAGACUUUUUGAAUUUAAGUUGUCAGAUGACUUGCGUCUGUUAUUGCUGCUCGUUGUGGUCUGCAUACCGCAGAGUAUCUGGAUCUUUGCAAACAUGACAACCUGAGGAAGGAUGCUUGGACACUUUUCAAAUGAACCUGUUCUCCCUCAGCAAAAACAAAAGUCCAGCCAGCUAUUUACUUUCAUUUUAAAUGCUUGUGUCAGGUUUAAGACAUUGAACUGCAGCACACAUGGAAUUAAUCUCAACAUUGGCUUUGUCUUAAGUGGUUUCUGCAGACUCUACUGUUUUCCGACAAGUGCUAUAAGAACUGCUGGCGAGACUUUGCCGACUAGGUGGUCUGUGAGGCAGGUCAUUGACCAAGGCAACAUGAGACACUACUCUAUGUGCUCGGGUUUAUCUGCAUAACACAGGAGCUCCCACACAAACUCCUUCAUAUGGCCAAGAAAACAGAGGGAUGUGGAAUUCAAAACUUGAGUCACUCAGUAACAACUGUGUAUAUUGUAUGUACAUAGGCACACACCAUACACAUACCAUACAUAUAUACACACACACAUACAGACAUACAGUGUGUAACCAUGCAUGCAUGUACAAUACAAACACACACAGACAAUGUAUACAUUUACAUUCUUACUCAUUGUAGAAGACAGAAAACUUCAGAACCUGCCAUAUACUGUAUGGGACACUCUUAUGAGCGGACCAUGUACGGAUGCAGUCACUGAGAAUUUCCCUUCAUCCGAAGGCCUUUCAGCUGACAAUAAAUCCCAGCUGAUUUUAGGCACAGUUGACCGCUUCAACCUCCAUAAUCACUGCUCUGCCUAACUGUUUUUGCUUUGAGGUGUUACAAGUCAGCCUCAGGUUGAGUACAUCAUUGAAGGGGAUCACAUUCAAGCCAAGAGCCUGGCAAGGUCCCAGCAGGGAUCGACCACAGAUCUGCCUGGGCCCCAUCACCAAGUGAGAGGAUAUUGUAGGUGGCUGUAUCUGUAUUGUUUAAUCUCAUUAUUAGUAGCCAAUAUAAGGUAACUCUGUGUCCUAAAGUAUGCCGAAAAUCCAUAUAAUUUGCAAUGUUUGCUUUAGAUGGUGAAAUGCUACCUUAACAGUAAACAGCAUGUAGAAACUAACAACCCAUUGUCAACCAGUGCACAAAUUUCAACCAACAAACAGAAUAAUUAGGAUUCAAAACAAAAAUCCAGGGUUUUCUAACUGUUUUUGCUUUAUUUCUCAGGGUAUCUUAAAUGAUUGUGUUACUACAUCAAUAUUUUAUCCACAGCAGUGAUUCUUGCGACUGACAAUCCUUUAAACAGGUGAAUAAGCGAGGGAAACCUGGCAGAGAAAAAAGAAAAAGGGUGUCUUGUUUCCUCAUUGUUUGCAACAAUGACCUCUGGAUAAAAGGCAAGUCAGUGGAGACAUAAGUCAAUGGAUGUGGGAUGAUCAGACUGAGGGAGAGCAGAACAGGUUCAGAUUACUUAAAUGUAAAGGUGAAACCCAGCCCAAUUCAACAUUUACAUUAAUCAGCUUAUUUAAAUAUAAGCAUGCAUUCCUCUGCUCAUGGCAGUACAUGCUUUUUACACUGUGUUCUGUUGCACCUAUUUGUGUUGAAUUUAGCAAAGCAUAGUUUAUAUAUUAUGCUGCCAACUGAGGACCCCUAACUCCCUUUUGGGGAAAAUAUUUGAAGGAGCAAAUAGUCCACUGUGCUAAACUUACCUAUAUCACCAACUUCAUCUGUUACUUCUACAUCGUUACUAACCACUGGCAUACUGAGAUUCAUGCUUUAGUAUUACUCUAAAUGAAGGUAUUCUCACUCUGCUUUCUAAGAGUUGUUGUAUUUUAAUGGUUUUUUAUGUUAUUGUCAUAGAUUCUAGUGCAUAAAUAUGUAAUUAUGUCUGUCUUGCAUCACAAGUGCCUGGGAACUAUUUCAGGUGUCCACUGAUGUUGUAUAUUUGCUGUUUUUCGCCGUUUUUGUAAGUACAUUUUUGUUAGUUGACUUUUUUUUUAACUUGUAAAUAGUUUGUCUUUUUCUAGUUUUUAUUUUAGUUAAAGCCGAGAGGGCGCCACUUUACAAUAUCUAUGUGAAUAGGACUACAAUAUCAAUGCUGUGCUAGUUUUAAAAGGGUAAGAAGGGCAAAAGGAAGGUAGGUGCCUUUGUAAAGUAACAAAUUAUUUGGUAACACUUUAUUCGGAUAAUCUACAGAUAGUUAAUGGAGUAUUUGUAACAUUUUAACAUCUUAUUAAUUUUUGCAACUCAAAGUUUAGCUUUGUCUGUAGACCUAUAUUAUAGAGCCUGUGUGACAACUCACUAUAUAUUCUCUGAAUAAUGUAGAUCAAUUUAAACUCUUCACUCAACCUUCGCUGCCUAGGCUGAGUGAAAGUCCAACAAAAUUAUUAUAAAAAUAUGUAGGUAUGUCCAUCAAUUGUCACAUAUACCGUUUAACAUCAGAUAGAAUAAAGUGAAACAGUUACAUUUUUGAAUCUCAAGUCAUAAUCUGUUGAAAUGUUACAAAUAGGCCUAUUCUAUAAACCAUCUGUAGGCAGAUCAGACAACAUUUAUAUAUGGGGUCCAUUUGGAUUGUAAAUGGGCUGAAAAAUGGGCCCUUCAUAGGAUUAUCAUUAGACACAUGCCCACAUGCCCACUGGUACCUGGUAGCCCUAGUAUAACCCAUAUGGGGCCCACAUGGGUAGACCUACCCAUGCUAUUGUGGACCCUGUGGAUAAUCCCAUAAAGGGCCCAUUUUUCAGCCCAGUUAGGCCCAUCAGAUGUAUAAAUGCAGUGCAUCAUUACAACUGAACUAAAUAGGGAACACAUAUUCAAAAUACCUUUAAGGCUAAUCAGAACUGGAAAUGCUCUACAAAUCCAUUUGUAAAAACAUCACCAAACUCAACUAUACAAUUUUAUUAUAAGAUGCAAUGCAAUUUCAGUAUAGGUGCCCUGUACAGAAACUCAAUCAUUUUGCAGUUGCCUAUGACAUUUUGGAAAAUACCCUUACUAGCUCCCUUGCUGAGAGUGAGAUAAGAAGAUAGAUAUCAGCCAAAUAUGUGUGCGUUCAAUACAAUGCUACAGUCAUCAGGUGGUUACCUUAGCUUAGCAUUAGGACUGGAAACAAGGGAAACACCUAGCCUGGCUCUGUAGAAAGGUAACAAAAUCUGCAUACCACUAACUCUAAAGUUAGCACGAUAACCAAUUAGCAUCUCAUUUUUUUUUUAAAUGUGUAAGUGUGAGAACAAAAAGUUGUGGUGAUUUCAUGGAUGUAUUAAGAGAACUGGAUAGCUACAGUAUUCAACGCAGGGCCCCGUUUAUUCAUAUGAAAGUUGCUCAGUGGCUUAUGAAACUGAAAAAGCUCUGUUGCCAUGGUAUGAAAUGAUCUGCAUCUUCCAAAUUAGGGGGCCGAUAAGGCAAGAACACCAGAAAUGGUUUAGUGCAGCCAAGGGGCUAACUUCAGCCAGCCUAACAGCUAACUUCCAGUCUAGCACUCUGCUAUCUUGAAUGGGAUUAAAAUAAGUUAAUCUUGGGCCCAGUGGCAUCAUGUGCAGACCCGGAUGGUGUAAUUCCACUAGCAUAACUACUCUGAUGCACUUUGGCAGAUUAUAUUCCAUUGCACGGGGUCAGGCUAGCUGUGACCCCCUGUUUCCAGUCUUUAUGCUAAGCUUAGCUAACUGGUAGCUGUCUAUAACCAUAUAUUUACCAAAAAGACAGACUUAUUGAAAAGUUACACAAAGCAAAAUAUGACUGGCAAAUUAGCAGUUAGCAGGAUUGAAGAGAUUUGCCAGAUGUGUUCAUGCCUUCUAGAGAAUGACCUUUCCUGAAAGCCCCUUGUUCAUUGUACUAUAAUUAACUCAACACUGUCUUCAGAGUUGUGAACUGUGACUGAAGUUGGAGGCCUUUUCCUUGGACAGUAUUUGUUUAGGUAACCAAACAUUGAAUUGUGUGUACAGUAAACCUAACUGAAGGUGAACAUGUUAUAAAAUUGCACUUGAGAGUAACAAAGUAGUCAUGCAGAUGGGGAUUUUAGGGUGGGUGGGAG